AUGAAUACUUUAAAAGAUAUUUUAGAUGGUUACUUAAAAAGGGAUAUAAAUUACAAAGAUAUAGAAAAUCUUAAUGAUCGUUUAAAGAAUGGUUUGACUAAACUUGCAAAUGAUGAACUUGAUGAAGAGAAACAUUUUAAUAAAGGAAAGGGCUUUAAAGAUGGAAAUGGUUUACGAGACAAAAACUGUAAAAUUAUUGAAAAUAAAAAUGGUGAUGUUACUGAGAUGUCUAAAGCGGAACUUGAAAAACAAAAACAACUUUUCUUUAAAUUAUAUGAGAAUGGUGUACCUAUGGAAGAAAUUGAGGCCAGUGUAGAUCCAGCUAUUAUUGUUUCUAUAAUGCUUGAUAAGGAUAUGAAGAACAAAAUUAGCGAUUAUAAGGACUGUUUUGUAAACGGUUAUAAUAUUUGUAAUAAAUAUAGCCAAAAUAUAGAUAAAAGUCAAUAUAAAAUGUUACUAGAUGAUAUUAAAUAUAAUCCUGUUGAAAAGCUUCAGAGAGUAGCUGAUUUAGAUCAAAAAUCUAAUUCUUUAACUAAUUAA